AUGACGGGGCAGAUCUCAGAUAAAGGACCUCUUGAGGUGCAGCAGUCGCAUUCCAUUUUGCCAGAGCAGGCGUACAAACCAUUCAAGAGGCGCACUACCGAGUCAAAGAGGCUUCUAGGGGAGCCCUUUCGAAGCGAAUUGCAGUUGCAUGGGUCGGUGGGCUGGAGGGAACUUGCAGAGACAAGAGUUUGCUCUGUCGGAAAGCAGCUCGUAGCUGAGCCGGUGCGGAGCGCUAGCGGUAGGGCCGAAGCGGGUGGCGCCGCAUUCUUCAGAUGGAGGAGCACAGCGAUCUCCCCAAAUAUGACUCUACAACAGAGGGUGACCCUAGCCGAGUCGCAGGGGUUUCUGCGUGCCAAAGUUGCCGCGAAGGAGCAACUAUGUUCCCAAGUAAUUGGUGAAAAUCAGCAGCUGCUCAGACAGCUGGAGGAUUCUAGGGCACGGCAACAGCAAACUGUCGAGCGACUCAAGGCGGAGGCUUCGGCGGUGGUGCAGCACUUGCUGGCAGACACAGCUGUGUACAGGGAUACUCAUGAAAACCUGCUUAGGAAGUUAGAGCUACAAGAAAGGCAGGCAAGUAACGAUGCCCAUCGUGCUCGGCAGGCAGAGCGUCGUACGCAGGAAGCUGAGGAGAAGCUACUCGUUCUGAAAAGGUUUGUGGCUGGAUUGCAAGAAAAGCAGAAGGCUUUGGAGGAGGAAGCGCACGCAUUCAUUUUGGCCUUCGGCCAUCUGAAGAGCGCCGUAAAGACAUUUGCAGCAAGCAUCGCAGCUUGCAAUCUAGUUCUAUCAGAGACAGAAGCGGUUCUUCUGGAGAAGGGAUUUGUGAGGGAAGUCAGUGCAAAACGCAUUCUGCAGGUCUACCUGCAGAGUAUAUCCAACGCUAAGCCCGACACAAUGGUUCCAGCUAGCGAAGCAUCUCGGUUACAAAGGGAGCGCAAGAUGUGGGAGAACAAAUAUUUGAAAACGGAAAAGGAGCUACGUGCAACAGAGAAGCAACUCGGGGAAGUAAAGAAGGAGAACGAACGCAAGGCGGAAGCUUUACUCAAACUCCGUCUAAAGGAUCACCGAAUUAAGCUACAAGACGCUGAAGUUGCAUCUGCUAAGGCGAAAGCACACGAGAUAAACUUUCAGCUCGAGAAACUUCGAAAGGAAAGAGAUUAUCUGGCUGCUUGGAAAGCUUCGCAUCCGGUGUACAAGGGCUACCGGUGGGAAGCUAAUGCAGGUGAGAAGUCUCGUUCAGUUUCCGGAAGUCAUGCCAACGGUCCAUCCAGCUCAGUGAUCCAGGGUUUCGAGUUCUCCACUUUGAAGACACCGCAGCGCGGCGACCAGUCAAAAUCGGUGCGCACUAAUUUUGUUCGUUCUGCUUCUCGGGCUUCCAUAGCAAGCAGCCGGCGUGUAUCUUCUGUCUCUUCGGUGGUUGCGCCAGAGCAGAAAGCCGCACUACUCCGCAGCGAGCGACAUGCUGCACGGAUAGAAACAGGCAAUUUAUCGUCGAUGGCAGUCAAAUCAUCCAGUACCUCGGCCCUUUCACGGGCUGUUCGAGGGGUGUUGGCAAUACCCCGAAGCAGCCGAGUGUCUCGGCAAUCGCUCGAGCAGACGGGGAUGAAGCUUCUGCGACGCAGUAGCAUUGGCCCCUCCAAUGCCGAAGACUCUAGAGGCAAGCAGAAGGGGCUGUUUGCUGGCGAUGAAUCCCUGAAGCUCGCACGAGGCCGGAGUGCAUCCAGACUGGAAGAAGGGAGGGCCCUCUCGAGGGUUUCUAGCACUGGAGAAGCACAUCGCCAUCUUACUCUGACGCUCCCGAGCAGCCCAAGGUCCGUUGUCACACCGACAUUUGCACAUGCAGAAACUAAUAGCAUCGUUAUGAAUGGCCCCACAGCAGGCCGUGCGUUUCAGUCGGAGGACCCAGCCGGCGUCACCCGCCUUUCUAACUUCUUCAGCACUGCUUUUAGUAAGGCGGCCGCCAAGGAGAAAGAGGUGACUAGACAGCCCAAAGAGGAAACAAAAAUUGAAUCAGCAGCUGAUUUAUCUCUUAGGAUGGGCCGCUCAGGCCACACAGCCUCAUCCGCAGGCAUUAGACGCGGGGGAUCCAUCGCGUCCACUAGAAGCUUAGUCCCUGGUGGUCGGAGAGUCCACAUUGAGCUUCAUGAUGUAGCAGCAGAGGGCACUUCCGAGCUGGAGAAUAAGGGCAACGAGAAAGACGAGCCCCUAAGCCCAAAGAGCCAUAUUGCAAGGGCCCAGGCUCUAGCUUUCAUGGAAGGCAGCGCACCAAGCAGCACCUACCGAGAUGGCGACCAUACUGUGUCGCUUCCCCGACUUUCCCGAAUGGAUUCGUUUACUUCUGGAGCUUCUGUAAGGACGUUGCGCAGCCCCAUUGCAGCGGCGGUAGCUUCCUCAGUGCAUGCACAGGAUGAGGCGGUAAGUGAGGGCACUGGAUUGCAGCAGCAAGCAGGCCGACGGCUUGCAGGGGGGAAUACAACUGUGAAGGAGCUUGUAGGAGAGGCAGCCACGAAAGGAGACAUACCUAUGGAUAGCGAGGAUGUAGCGCAUGCUUCAGCAUCCGCUUCAAAGGGAUUUCGCGGGAGCUCCGAAGCGUCUCUUGCAGAGGGGCCUACGGCUCCGCACGUGGAAAACAAGCAGAAAGUGGAGGAGGGCUCUAGGCGUCCUGUAGAGCGCAGCGACGGUUCUCUUCCUACGGAGAAGAAAGGUUUCUCAAGUCAGCGGGGGGACGACGGUGUGGCUGUCGGUGGGGCCCCGCUGGAUAUGGAAGGUCUUCUAAGGAAGUACCUAGAGGGUCCUGCAAUGGAAGCCACUGAAAAAAUGCAUAGUGAUACAGCUACAGGAAAAGAGGCUGUUCUAGGGGACCAACAGGCAGAGAUUGACUCGCAGGGUGAUAGAGAUAGGCAUGAGAAAGAUAUUCGGGCUGACAAGCCUCCCCAGCAUCAUGGCCUUGAGAAGAAAAUCGUCGAGGAGGGCACUUCUCUUCCACUUUUUCAGAGAAACGCUGCAGCUCCUCCUAGUGCCAAGGCUUGGAAAACGAAGCCACUUGACGUAGCCAGCGUCGUAGCGCCCCCGGAGGAGACAAGGGCCCCACACAUGGUAGCUACGGAGAGCGCCGAACAGUACCCAGUCGUGCGAAUGGGCACGAGGGCGGGGCCUGAUGGGGGACCUUCCCGAACCAUAGCUGGGAUCCGAAAGGCUCCUCCUAAGCUUAUUGGAAAACCUGAUAGCAGCAUGCCUAAAUCGGUAGUCACUCAGGUCUUCUCACAGCCACCAGUUCUCAAAAUGAAUUCUGGCGUCGAAGCAGCAGCGUCAAGCGAAGCGGCACCAGUCACACCGGCAAGGCAGAUGGAGAAAGGCAAGCCGGAGGUGCCCCCUCUUCUUACCUUGGCAAAUAUACCCAAUCCGGAUCCCUCUGCAGCAUCGACAGCGAGGUUAGAAUCUCCUCCUGAAGUGCCACGAGGAGGUGAUAGCGGGGCUCCAGCUUUUGGGCGACACACAAGGAAGCGUAUGUCUGCUGGGGAAGUUUCAAUCGGGAGCUGGGCUAUGGCAGCUCCCAAAAUAAGCGUUAGUUCUUUUAAGCUCCCCCAGCAGGGAGCACCAGAAGCAGCAGGCAGACAGCUUAGUGGGUUAUAG